AGCAACAGAGGAGCUAGGUUGAGAGACGAGAGCUUUCGCUGUUAGAGAGGAGCCUUGGGAGCGCGCGAUGGGAGCGGUCGAUGGAAUCCAGGGUAUUCGUCGCGGCUACAAGGUGUCGCUGCCGCCAGCGCUCGAGGCUCCCAACGUCCAGCUUGUCUGUGGAGAUGCCACCACUGCCAUGGAUGCGUCAGACGCGCUGGCUAUCCAGAGAUCGUUCUCGCUCACUUAUGGGCAACCUCUAGUGCAUUUGCUUCCAGGCAAGAAAUCCACUGGCGAGAAGAAGCUAUCGCCACUAAGGGUGGGAGUCGUCUUUUGCGGACGGCAAUCCCCAGGAGGACAUAACAUUGUUGCUGGCCUCUUUGAUGCAUUGAAGGCUCACAACCCAGACAACGUCCUGAUUGGAAUCGUUGGUGGCACUGAUGGACUCUUCGCCCAAAAGUCUGUGGAGAUCACUGCGGAUGUGCUUGCUGUUUAUCGUAACCAAGGUGGCUACGACCUUCUUGGGCGGACCAAGGAUCAGAUCAAGUCUGUGCAGCAGGUGGAUGAUGCAAGGGCAGCUUGCGAAGCUAUGAAGCUGGACGGCAUCGUUUUGAUUGGAGGUUGUGGAACGAGCACGGAUGCUGCUCAUCUCGCUGAAAACUUUGCUGCAACGGAGUGUCGCACAAAGGUUAUCGCGGUGCCUGCCACUAUCGAUGGAGACUUGAAAAAUCCGUUUGUUGAGACGGAUGUGGGCUUUGACACUGUUUGCAAGGUCAACUCUCAGCUCAUCAGCAACAUAAGCACUGAUGCGCUAUCAGCAGAGAAGUAUUACUACUUCAUCAGGCUGAUGGGACGCCGAGCAUCUCACGUCUCACUGGAAUGUGCGUUGCAGUCGCAUCCGAAUAUGGUGAUUCUAGGAGAGGAAGUUGCCACGUCUAAAAUGACACUUUUCGACGUUACAAAGCAAAUCUGUGAUGCUAUUCAAGCCCGAGCAGAGCAUGAAAAGUACCAUGGAGUCAUCCUUCUGCCGGAGGGUCUCAUUGAGAGUAUCCCUGAAGUAUAUGCGCUCUUGCAGGAAAUCCAUGGCCUUCAAAAGCAGGAUAUUGAGGUCGAGCACAUUCCAACUCGUCUCAGUCCCUGGGCGUCCGCACUUUUCGAGUUUCUGCCACCAUUCAUCAAAAAGCAGUUUCUUUUGGACAGGGAAUCCGACGAUUCUGUCCAGCUUUCGCAGAUAGAAACGGAAAAACUGUUGUGUCAGCUUGUUGAGACAGAGAUGACAAGGAGAACGAAAGCUGGCAGUUACAAAGGAAAGAAGUUCAACGGUAUCUGCCAUUUCUUCGGAUACCAAGCUCGAGGAUCGUUGCCUUCCAAUUUUGAUUGCACCUACGCAAACGCUCUUGGACACAUAGCAUUUCACUUGGCAAGCGCCGGACUGAAUGGCUAUAUGGCGACGGUGACGAACUUGAAGGAAUCUGUCGACCAAUGGAGGUGUGGCGGAGCACCAAUCACUGCGAUGAUGUCUGUCAAGCGGUGGCAAAGGGGCCCGGGAGUCUCACAGAUAGGAAAGCCGGCUGUGCACUCAGCUAGAGUGGACCUUAAGGGAAAGCCAUACGAGUUACUGUCGCAAAACGCGUCAGCGCUCCUCAUGGAUGAUCUAUACCGGAAUCCGGGACCGCUCCAGUUUGACGGGCCUGGAGCCGAUCUAAAGACCAUCACUCUGUCCGUGGAGGAUCGAGACUACAUUGGCAGGAUCCAGGAGCUCCGGAGCUACCUUGACAAGGUGAAAGAUAUCAUCAAGCCUGGUUGCCCGGAGGAGAUCCUCAAGGCCGCAUUGAGCUCCAUGGCAUCAGUGACGGAAGUUCUAUCCGUGAUGUCCUCGCCGGGCUAUCGCAACCUGACACCAUUUUAAAGAAGAAUUCGUUCUUGGAGGACUGCUUAAGCUUAAGUGAGAUGAUAAUCCACCAUAUAAAACAUCACAUUCUUAAUGGCUGGAGGGGAUCGAACUUGGGACCCUCCACGCCCAGUGACAGUCGGUGAAAAAUAAUAUAUUUUUUUUCCACCCAUGGUUAAA